CGGUGUAUGUAGAGUUCAGUUUUUCUCCGUCUUAUCUGAUAGGUUUGGGUAGCGAACGAAGAGGUUAGCAGCGAGGGCAGCCGUAGUGCGGGCCGUGUUGCCAAGUUUAACUUAUUUCAUUGGGUUGUUAUUUAAAAACAAAGCAAAAAAAAAGUAAGUGGAGAUGUUUGAGGGAGACAAGGACACAUCAAAUGGAGAAGCCCACGUGGACAAGUCUGCUUCUGGCAAUACCAACAAUUCUUCUGUAGUUAACGUCCUCCCCGCACACAAAACAGAGGCUGCCGGCUCCACCAUGGCCCGGGUGAAGAAGGUUGUCUUGGCUAACUUGUUGGUGAUACUGACGGUCUCCGGGGUCAUUAUCGGGGUGGCUAUCGGACUCGGGGUGAGGAAUGUGGAACUAUCGAAAACCCACAUACUGUACUUCGGCUUCCCGGGAGAGCUGUUGAUCAGGCUUCUGAAAAUGAUCAUCAUUCCUCUGGUGGUGUGCAGUUUGGUGUCCGGUGCCGCCAGUAUCGACCCCAAAGCCCUGGGCAAGUUAGGUGGCUGGGCGAUGCUGUUUUUCUUAGUCACCACUUUAAUCGCAUCUGCCAUUGGGGUAUGCAUGGCUUUUGCUAUCCGGCCAGGGGUCGGCGCGGGAGCCAAACCGGUGUUAUUUGGGAUGGAAGAUGCGGUGCCACAAUCAAAAGAAGUGGUGGAUUCGUUCUUGGACCUCGUGAGGAACCUCUUCCCCUCGAACCUGGUCUCUGCUGCAUUUCAAUCGUAUGCCACAAGCUACAAAUUGAUACAGAAAAACCUCACUGAUAAAUCUAACUACGAAGUGGAAAAGGUCCCAUUUGGAAAGGAAGUGGAUGGGAUGAAUAUUCUGGGUCUGGUCGUGUUCGCCAUUGUGUUCGGCAUCGCUCUGAGGAAGCUGGGGGAAGAGGGGGAGAUUCUCAUUAAGUUCUUCAACUCCUUCAAUGAGGCCACCAUGGUCCUGGUCUCCUGGAUCAUGUGGUACGCCCCCUUCGGUAUCAUGUUCCUGGUGGCUGGGAAAAUCGUGGAGAUGGAGGAUGUGGGCAUGCUGUUUGCCAGUCUGGGGAAGUACAUCUGCUGCUGCAUCGUGGGCCACGCCAUCCACGGGCUGCUUGUGCUGCCCCUCAUCUACUUCAUCUUCACCCGCAAGAACCCCUACAGCUUUCUGUGGGGCAUCUUCACCGCGCUGGCCACUGCGUUUGGGACUUCCUCCAGCUCGGCCACCCUGCCCCUGAUGAUGAAGUGUGUGGAGGAGAAGAACGGCGUCUCGAAGCACAUCAGUCGCUUCAUCCUGCCCAUCGGUGCCACGGUCAACAUGGACGGCGCCGCGCUGUUCCAGUGCGUGGCAGCAGUGUUCAUCGCUCAGCUCAAUGACUACUCGCUCAACUUCAUCCAGGUCAUCACCAUCCUGGUGACUGCCACCGCAUCCAGUGUAGGUGCUGCAGGAAUUCCAGCAGGGGGUGUGCUCACACUUGCCAUCAUCCUGGAGGCUGUGGGCCUGCCCACUAACGACAUCUCCCUCAUCCUAGCUGUUGAUUGGCUUGUGGAUCGCACCUGCACAGUUAUCAAUGUAGAGGGCGAUGCCUACGGGGCGGGGCUUCUGCAGAACUUCGUGGACCGUAAUGCGGAGGGGUUAGAGCUGAUCGAAGUGAAGCUGGAGGAAACCCCCCCCACCAAGCCGGCCCCACUCAAAGGGGACGAGGACACCCCCCUGAUCAAGAAAGACACGAGUGUCACUUUGGAAGGAAUAGAAGCCGCGCCAUGUGAUCAAGAGUCAAGGAUGUAACUCCUAAAGGCUUUUUCACCCAGAGGAACGAGUGGAUCACAUCGGACUCGGACCUUAGCUCUACGUACCGAGUCAAAUAUUUAAAAGG